CAUGUACUGUGAUCAGUAUGAAUCAAACGGUGGUGCUGUUAUAUUGUGUAUUCCCGCGCUUUGUAAAAUGACGUCUGAUCAAUUGUCCGCAAAGAUGACAGAAUAUCCUCAUCUUGGACAUGUAUUUUAUCAUUCAAUGAAAAUUGAACGAGAUGGUAUUUGUCAAAUAGAUGCAGCAACCGGUGAGGAGGAGACGCGAGAGUCCGUGUUGCGACGGUCAGUGCGCUUGUCUCAGGCUCUACGGCACGCAGGGCUGCGGCCCGGGCAGGUAGCAGCUGUCGGUGGUCACAACCAUUUAGAUCUUCACAUACCAUUCUAUGCUGCCUUGAUGAAUGGACUUCCGAUUGUAGGAGUCGAUCCGUUGUUUAAACUUGAUGAAAUAAUAUCGUUAUUUAAAAUAACUCAACCUCGAAUAGCAUUUUGUCAAAGCGAUUCGUUUGAUGUUUACCAAAAAGCGGCGGAUAAUUUAGGUCUCAAUUUGAAGAUAUUGACAUUUGAAGACGGUGAACAUUCACUUAAACAGUUCUUAGAGAAAAAUCAAGAUCUGGAACCGGAGAGUGAAUUCGAAGUUGCAGAUUUCGAUCUGGAGAAGACAUACGUAUUCCUGACGAGCACAAGUGGCACGACGGGUACGCUUAAGGUCGCUGCUUUCAGACAUCGUGUAGUCAUGGACAAAUUCAUAUCAUUCUCCACUUAUAUUAAAGGCCCUCAAGUAAAGCAAAUGAUAGGUCUGAACCUCUCGCCGGUGCAGUGGAUAUCGGGCAUCUUCAAUGCGAUCACGAUGCCCAUCAUGAAUCAGACCAAGUUACAGACCUCCAGGCCGGCUCAUAUUGACCAUAUAAUCGACAUUAUUAACAAAUAUAAGCCAAAUACGAUGUUGGCGGGUCCGUCUUUGAUUUUAUCGCUGACAAGGCAUAAACAUGAUGUAGAUCUGAGCUGCUUUAAGAGUAUUAUUGUAACAGGAGAGAAGAUAAACCCUGAAGUUGUUAAUGAACUGAGGGUUCAUCUUCAAAAAACUACAACAAUAAUGGAGGCGUAUGGUAUGACAGAGACUCUAGGACCAGCGUUAAUGCCGAACAUUUCCGGACCGAAUGGAAGUUGCGGCCGACCAACGCCUGAUUACAUUGUAAAGUUAGUUAACCCCGAUACCGAAAAUGAAAUAAAAGAGUCUUUCGUUCCCGGAGAAUUAUGGGUUAAAGGACUUUGUUUUACGGAGUAUUUGCGAAAUCCCGAAGAGACAAAAAAAGUAUUUUCAGAGGACGGUUUUAUAAAGACUGGUGAUCUCAUGUACAGAGAUGACGAGGACAAUUUGUAUUUCGUGGAAAGAAUCAAGAUGCUCAUCAAAUGUCGGAAUGCUCAUAUAGUGCCAACAGAGUUAGAGGAGCUGAUCAUCAAACAUCCCGGCGUUGAUAAGGUGUGCGUAACCGCAAUCCCACAUUUGGAAGACGGGCAGCGACCGGUCGCGUUCGUUGUCCGAACACCAGGCUCUAAUGUCACCGCGAAAGAUGUCAAAGAUUUAGUUGCCAGUAAAUUGGCAAAGCACAAGGAGUUAACAGGAGGUGUGGCAUUUGUAGACAGUUUACCAAUGACGUCUACAGGGAAGUUAGCUCGCGGGAACAUGAAAGAUUUGAUCCUGACAGCUGUUAGAGAAUAGUUUUUUUAAUUAAGUCGUGUUUUAUUGAGUGAUUGUACUUGCGGUAUUGUUUGAAAACACGUGAUUAGAAGAAAAUGUUAUUGUUUAUUAAGGACUUAACUAUUUUACUUUGUAAGUACAUACUUACAUACCAGUAUUUCUAUAGUUUAAGUGGUUGUAGAUAAUUAAAAUUGUUUAGUAGUAGUAGUUUAUCAUUAGAAGAUAUUUUUCGUAUAAUUGAUUACUUACUCUUACUGGCCUGCAGU